AUGACUGGAGAAGCUUUGAAAGACAUAGCUGACAAAGCUCUAAUGGGAAAACUCAAAGAGGUAGACUCAGAAUCCGAGGAGUCAAAGUCUGUCAGUAGUGUGUCUGUCAAACAAGAGGAAUCUGGAGUUCAGGAGAUCAAAUCAGUCAAACUGUCUGAGUCCGAGUCAAACAAUGUCGGUAAAACUGAUUGUGUAGAGCAGAUUGUUGAAAAGUUUGACCUUGGCCAAGUUAAAGAGGCGUACGAUACUCUCGCUAGGUCAAUCAAGAUGAUACAAAAGGAAAGUGUUGAAAACGAUAAAGCUACAAAAUUGGCUAAAGCAACACUAUUAGAUAAACAAAAUGAAGUCAAUUUUCAUUUAGACACAAUCGCAUCGCUUAAGAAAGAACUCGAAUUGAAAUAUCCAUAUGGGGUGGAAGCGGCUUUGAAUCUCAAAUUGAGAUCGAUAGAAGAUGAUUUGCCUGAGACCAUAGAUGUCACAUUCUCCCCAUCCGAUACUGACAACGAAUCUCAGGUUAUCAAAACUGUUGUCGAUCAGGUGUUGGAUGAGGAGAGUGAGAAAUCUGAAAAGGCUCAAUUUGAGAAGGUUGUUAGUGAUUCUGAAGAUGAAGGGAAUUUCUUAGAUCAAUACAUACCGAAAUCGGAAAAGAGUGUGAAUGACGAUCCGAUUAUGGUGGUAUACACCAUGAUUGGAACAGACAAACUUUAUUCCGAUUACGAGUAUCCACUUCAGAAUGUGAAAAUCGAGAAUGUCGAAAAAGUGUUAAAAUUGGUUGAAAUGAACAUUAACGAGGUUAAUAACAAUGAAUUCUUUUCGAAACCUAAGAAAUCGUUUGUUACAUCACGACCCACAAGUUCGGGAAAGAAAGAUGGGGAUGAUGAUGUGGUUGAGUUUGAAAAUGAAGUUGAUAAGUUUCUUGCUGAAUUUCCACCGAUAACUAACAAAGUUAAAAUGAUUGUGAAAGAAGAGGUUCCAAAUGUCACAUUUGAUUUUCCGAAAACAAAUGCGAAGUGUGAUGUUAUGUUCGGAAGUGUGUCGGAAGGGUUGCCCAAGUCAAUUCUAUCAAAGUGGAUUAUGGAUACUGGCGCUUCAAGGCAUAUGACUGGGAUGCUUGCUCUGCUCUAUGAUGUCAAAUCCAUAAACGGAAGCUAUGUUGGAUUUGCAGGGAAUCAAGGUGGAAGGAUCGUUGGUCAAGGAACGCUGUCAAAUGGAGUGAUUUCGUUCGACAAAGGUUCCAGUGUUGUCUUUGAUCCCCUUCACAACAGUUGUUGUGAUUUGGAUAUACAUAAAAACCCAAAGUUGGCAAAAUUUAGUGGUGUAUUGGAAUUCGUGGGUCGUAUUCCCAUCCAGAAGGCAUUGACUGAUCAAAGACCAAUAUACAAAUCUCACAUAGAACGAUUCUGGAAAAAUGCAAGCUAUGAUGAUCAGAACAAAGUUAUCUCAUCAAUUGUUGAGGUGCAUGGCAAGGAGGAAAAGAUUCUAGUCACUGAAGCUCUUAUCCGUGAAGUUGUUAACUUUCCAGAUGAGCCAGAGUCGCCAAUGAGAUUUCCAGAAAGAAUGGUGAAAGGCUGCAUGCUAAGAAUGGGAUAUCAGGGAGCUUUAAAUGCUGGGAAUUAUUUGAAAUCGAAGUUUCAGAAACCAUACAAGUUCCUGAUUCACUGUGUGUUGAUGUCAUUGAGUCACACAAAGGGAAGUUAUGAUACGAUGAGAGAUUAUCAAAUGAAUAUGGUUACUGCGUUGUUGUUGAACAAAAAGUAUAAUUUCUCACACAUUGUAUUCCAUUAUAUGGCUGAGAAUAUUAAGACAGGCAGCAAGAGCUGGAUGUAUCCGAGGUUUGUGCAAAUGAUGAUUGAUCACGCUUAUCCUGAGAUUGACAGAAACAUAAACAAUGACUUGUUGAUACAAUCUCACAUGAGCAAUGAUACGCUUAAGCAGCUUGUGAGAUACCACCCGAAUCAUCCAGAGCCGAAAGUUGGUGCUGCAUUCUUUGGUUUCAUAAAAGAUGCUAACUAUGUUGAUCCAGAUCCAUUUGAUCAUCAGAACUGGAGGAAUGUAGCUGAGAUGAAAGAGGCAGCGUAUGCUGAAGAGUUGAAAGUUCUUGAAGACUUCAAAAGCACCAAAAAUGAAUGGUAUGUGAAAGAAACUGGGAGAAGACGCAGAAAGGCCACUCCUAUUGUUCAAAAUGCUGAGGAAUCUUCUUCACAACCAAAGAAGAAGCAAAAGAAAGUCGCAAAAACGUUAUUGGUUGAUGAACCUGAAGAAGACGAAACAGUGGUAGCUGCGGAAGAAGAUCCUUUUAAUGUUGAAAAAAAUUUGAUGUUUGAUACUGAAGUUUUGGAAACAGGGCCAACUGUGGAAGUUGAAGUUGAGCAUGUUGUGAAUGUUGAAGCUCAGAAAGGAAAAGAGAAAGUUAUUGAUGAUAUUGAGGGAGAUGAUGUGGAUAAAGACACUACAAGCUCCUCUAGCUCUUCAGAUGAUGAGAUUGAUGAGACUGAACGUUUACGAAGAGUUCAGAAAGAAAUAGAACAAGAAAAAUUGUUGAGAAAGAGAAAGAGACAGGAAAAGGACGAUGAUGAUGCUUACGUUCCUUCUCCAGAACAUGUCUUCGAAUCACAAUCUCCUCCAGGUGGUAGAAAGAAAGCCGUAGCUCGAAAGAAAGUCAUAUCUCCAAAGAUUCGCAAAGUUACACCAAAGAUUAAAAUGCCAAAGAUUACACCUCCACUCACCCAAGGUCAACUUACACCGGGUUCUGCGGGAUUCCGAAAUUUUCCAAAGGUGCCUUCGAAUUUGAAUGUGAGCCUGGAUGAUGUUGGAGAUUUUGAUUUCGCAAACACUUCACAAGUAAAGAAUGUUGAAAAGAAGGUUCAUGAAGUGAUUGCUGAGAACAAGAAGCUAGCCGCUGAAAACAAGAAAGUUAUAGAUUGUGAAAGAAUUCUAGAAAUGCGUGUGAAGAGGUUGGAGAAUGAUAACAAAGAGUUGACACCUCCACUCACCCAAGGUCAACUUACACCGGGUUCUGCGGGAUUCCGAAAUUUUCCAAAGGUGCCUUCGAAUUUGAAUGUGAGCCUGGAUGAUGUUGGAGAUUUUGAUUUCGCAAACACUUCACAAGUAAAGAAUGUUGAAAAGAAGGUUCAUGAAGUGAUUGCUGAGAACAAGAAGCUAGCCGCUGAAAACAAGAAAGUUAUAGAUUGUGAAAGAAUUCUAGAAAUGCGUGUGAAGAGGUUGGAGAAUGAUAACAAAGAGUUGGUGAAAAAGAUUGAUUCUGAUCAGUCAGAGAUAGACAUCUUCAAGGUGAAAAUUGCUGAGCUUGAGGAAGAGAAAGCUCGUCGAGAUGAGCAAAAUGAGUACUUCAAGUUGAAGAACAAAGAACUUGAAGCAGCUAAAGCGUUCAGAGAUCACGAGUUCUAUAUGCUGAAUAAAGUAGUUGAAAGCAUGCUCGGAAUGUCUGUAGAGCAAAAGUUUGAAGAAUUGCAAGUUGAAGAGCUCAGAGCAGAACGUCAAGCUAAAAUAGAUGAGCAAACGAAAGAAAAGGGUAAAGGCGUUGAAGGAAGUUCUGCAGUAACAGAAAGAUCGAUUGUACCUUCAAUGGUUGUUGAAAAUCCUGAGCCUAUCUCUGCAGUUUCAGGUCUUUUUGAGGAUUAUACUCCUCUUGAAGAGUUGAUUGGAGAUAGUGAUGAAGAUGAUGAGGAGGAGGAUGAAGAGGAAGAUGAAAAAGAUGAGAAAGUCUAUUCUGCAAGCAGUCAUGGUUCAGGAAAAGAUGAUGAUGACGAUGAUGCUCAGGGUGGUACAGGGUUGAAAGUUACUGAAGCUUCUGCUGAAUAG